UUGCAUACAUAAGUUACAAUUUUUUGGCCUACCCUCUAUAAUGAGGACAAUACCAUGUGAUCUCUUACAUGCCUUUGUCUCCUAAUAUGUCCCAUCUGAUAGCCUUCCUCCACCAAUCAUUCAAGUAGCUACAUGUUUAUAACAUAUCCUUCCAUCUAUAUAAAUAUUCAUGGUUGCAAGCAUUUAGGACCAACACAAUUCAUUCACAUCCUCAAGCAAUAAGAAACUCAAAAGCUUGUAUCAUAUUUACAAGCCAUUUCUAAGACUGGUCUUUCAUCAACUCAUACAAAAAUGGGUUUUCGUUUUGCUGGUAUCAGAAGAAAGCUAUCAUUUAAUUCAAAUCAAGCAUCUUCAAAGGCUUUGGAAGUCCCAAAAGGCUAUCUUGCUGUCUAUGUUGGAGAGAACAUGAAGCGUUUCGUGAUUCCCAUUUCGUAUUUGAACCAGACUUCAUUUCAAGAAUUACUAAGCCAAGCAGAAGAAGAAUUUGGAUAUGAUCAUCCAAUGGGUGGUCUCACUAUUCCAUGCACUGAGGAAGCCUUCUUGGACCUCACUUCUUGCUUCAACUGACUGUAUGUAAUUCUAAAGGAGACUGACAUAGAUUAGUUGAGACACAAUUUUGUAGUGGAAGCUGGUAGUUAUCAUCUCAGUGAGAUGCCAAGGAUGUAAAUAUCAGAAUUUCUUUUCACAAUUUCAAUGAAUUUAUACACUUCAUCAUUAAA